AUGUCUGAAUUGUUUGCUACAGUUCCAACCAACAUACACAUACCAAAUAUCAUAGAGGAGAAAUUAUCUUACAGUACACAGGAGUUAUGUGCUGUCGUUUUGGAUCAUGAACGUAAAAUGAAUAAGGAUCAGAUUCAAGUUUACAAUAAAGUAAUUGAAGCUGUCUUCUCACCCGCACCCAAAUCCACUCUUUUUUUUCUGGAUGGACCAGGAGGUACUGGAAAAACGUUUGUUUACAACACAAUUUUAGCAAAAAUAAGAUCUAUUGGUAAUAUCGCAUUAGCAGUAGCUUCCUCAGGAAUAUCUGCAGAGCUCUUAGAUGGUGGUCGUACAGCACAUUCACGAUUUAAAAUACCAAUACCUAUACUUGAUACAAGUACAUGCAAUAUACCAAUACAGAGUUCUCUAGCAGAAUUAGUCCGAAAUGCCUCAAUAAUUAUAUGGGAUGAGGCUCCAAUGAUGCACAGAUACGUGUUUGAAUGUGUGCAUAGGACACUAUGUGACAUUAUGAAAAGUGAAAAUCCAUUUGGAGGAAAAAUUGUUCUCCUUGGAGGAGACUUCAGACAAGUUUUACCAGUUAUCCAUCAUGGCUCACAAGCAGAUGUGAUAUUCAGCAGCCUUCAACACUCAUUUCUAUGGACUCACGUAUGUAAACUACAGUUGACCAUAAAUAUGAGAGUGCACACGUUUAAUACCAGAAAAGGUGUUUCGAAUGUUGAUACUUCUUUUGAAAAAUUCCUUCUUAAGAUAGGAAAUGGUACUGAGGAGUAUUACUCACACCUAGGAAUUUCAAAAAUUAGACUCCCUGCUCAAAUUUGUAUUGCACCUGAUGAAUGCGGUUUAGACAAUUUGAUAAAAAGAGUGUACCCAGAUCUUGGUAAAAAGGCCUUCGAUCAAGAAAUAUGCAACAGAGCUAUUUUGUCAGCAACUAAUGAAAGAGUAGACUUUAUCAACCAGAAAAUUAUGGAAGCAUUUAAAUCAGACAGUUGUGAAGUUUACUUAAGUGCAGACAGUGUUCACGACCCUUCAGAAACAUACAUAUAUCCAACAGAAUUUCUUAAUUCUUUGACACCUUCAGGUUUGCCACCCCAUUCUUUGUUCUUGAAAAAGUAUUCUCCGAUUAUACUCAUACGAAACUUAAACCCCAAAGAAGGUCUUUUAAAUGGAACCAAGCUAGCUGUAAUUAAUCUUGGUCGCCGCAUCAUUGAGGCAAAAAUUAUGACAGGAAAACAUUCUGGGAAAAUGGUGUUCUUACCACGGAUUACGUUGACGCCAUCAGAUUCAGGUUUACCAUUUCAACUUCAACGCCGUCAAUUUCCAGUUAGACCAGUAUUUGCAAUGACAAUCAACAAAUGUCAGGGACAGACUUUAGAUUAUGUUGGAAUAGACUUAACUCAACCAAUUUUUACCCAUGGACAACUUUAUGUAGCUUUAUCUCGAGUGAGAUCUUUUGACUCAGUGUCGAUACUACCUAAUCUACAAUGUCUUGAUUGCUAUUACACUGACAAUGUAGUAUACAAAGAUGUACUUCUUUAG